CAGAAGAAAUACUCUUGUCACGCGGUGGAUACUCAUCCGCGGUGCCAACUGUGAGGUCCCCAUUGUAUCCGACCUCUCCAUUGUUACGAAAAUAUAACCAUAUUCUGCGAGUCCCUCUGAACUAGUUUGUAGGUCUGCGUGACUGCAAGAAGGCCGAACAUAAGACGCCUGCACGGUGAAGAGCGUUGAGAAAUCCGAGGGGUCCAACACCCGCAACAACAUAGAUGCCGAGAGAUCAUGUAUCCAAAUGAUUAAAGGGGGGGGGGGGGAUCCCACUUUGCAGCGCUCAUCUUUAACUGUGCCGCAUGUGCUUGGACAGCCAAGUGCCACUACGUGUCAUGCUGCCCCUUGUCAUGUGAGCGCACCUCUUUCUGUACGCUGCAGUCAUUCGAUCGGGACCGACUUGCCAAUGAAUUCUUCGCCGCCAUGCCCCGCCUCGCUCGUGAUGCACGAGCUCUCUUCCAGGGUUUCUUACAUUGCCGUUAGCACUCCUCCGGGUCAAAAUUCAUUUGACGUGCAUAUUUCUUUUCCGUUGAGUCAUCUCCAAGAGCAGGGACGGGGAUUCUUGUUUUGGAGGGUCGAUGAGUACUAAUCUUGGUAGCGGCGCGUGGCUCCGGUUAUGCAUAUUUCGGUUGUAUAAUGAGGUGAGGCGGUGACUGCAACUUCAAGGGCAGGCCGCGGGCGAACGAUGAGUUGUGAGUAAUAAGGUGGAAAGCUUUUUGUUGCCAACUUUCUUGGUCCGGAACAGCCCAAAGUGGAGCUCACUUCAUUGUCUUGUGGUAUUUUGGCGGUGGACGUUUCGGUGAGAGCUACUGGAAGGCGGUGGGCGCGGGGUAGGUCGGUUGGUGGGUGUUUUUCCAGGUGAGUUUCAAGCAUGCGACUCAGUUUGAGUUCGCUAAAGCUCCUUCUACAUCGCAGCGUUAUGGUCUGUGAGUAGCUUGGGAAAUCAGAAUGGUCUUGAUUUCAUUGCGGGGGUAACCCGAAAGCCAUGCUACUUGGAACCCACUCUUCCACUUGUAGCGAGAGUUGCAGCUUUCAAUCGUCUCUACUGAGUUGGUGACAUGCAGUUACGCCAUUGUCUGCGACUGGCGUUUUUUCGGGCAUCCUGGUUCACUAACCUAUUGCCGGAAAGUCAGAGGGUACAACUUCUAAAUCCUCCAUUAGGUUAAUAUUUUGGUGUUGAAAAGGAGAGGCACUAGGCCAAAAUAGUUGUGUGAGAGGUUUGUGAAAGUCAUCAACCAUGUUGUGUAGAAUAAGAUGCAGCUGGUUCAUGUAACUUUAGGCAAUGCUCCGAAACUGGCCGCUUCUUGCGAUCAAUCGACCGAGUGACAAGGAUAGUAAGAGAGUGUAGAUAAUAACGGGUUGGUUCAAAUGGAGUUUCGCAAUUGCAGACGAGAAAUGUCCGGAGAUUUCAACUGUAUGUACCUUCACUUAUCUUACUUUCUGUCAGAGAUAGAGUUGUUCAGACUAUCCUUAUGGGGCGUUUAGCAGGAGAGGUAGGGAAUUCUGCUGGACGCAGUUGAAGACUUGAAGGGGACAAAGGAUCAAGUAUUUGAAAGAAAAGCCGGUCAUUGUGUUAAUCUUUAGCGGUGAGAAACAUGCGGUGGCAGGAUUGUUGAGGGUUCAUUUGCUUCCAUCAAAGUUGGUUUGGCUGCUUUCCUUCUCCUUCGCGGGCGCCAGCUGCUUUUUUCUUAGCAGGUCUUACUUGAGCUUUAGCGAUGGAUUUAUCACUUACCUUGUCUCACCGUCCAUCUGGAGGAAAUUCGAAAUGGAAUCCAGAAGAAUGUGAAGAUUGCAAAGGAAAAGGACAUGUCGAAGGGGAAGGGUCGGAAGCGGGUAAUGGGAGGUUGUGUUCGAAGCGGUCACGGGGACCUGCUGGUAAACAACAAGUGCCGGGACAGAAGAACAAGGCGUUGGAAAAUUUGGAGGAUUGCAUGAAAAGCUUGAUGAUAUCCCAAAUCAAAGAGACCUUCGUCUACGUUGAAGAGAGCUUCAUGGCACUCUUGAGGAAGUGCUUGGCUUCAAGGAUUGGGAGCUCUCGUAUCGUGGUGAUUCGUGGAAAUACCGAUUAUUAUGAGAGUAAGAAAGACGUGGACGUAGGGUGGGGUUGUGGAUGGCGUAACAUUCAAAUAUUGGCAUCGUAUCUACUCGCUGAAGAUCCCGAGGUUAGGGAGCACCUAUUUGGCGGUACUGGCUAUGUCCCAGACAUCCCCGCCCUCCAGCAGUGGCUCGAAAUCGCCUGGGCUAAGGGUUUCGAUGCUCCAGGGGGUGAAUAUUUUGAUUGGAAGAUCAAGGGCAGCAAUAAGUGGAUUGGCACCACCGAGGGUGCAGCUUUGCUGCGUUCCUUCGGUGUUCGAGCUCGGAUCGUAGACUUUCAGGCAAUAGGCAGCAAGCGGGAGUCGCCAAGCGAGCUGCGUAGCAAGGCAGGUCAAGGGAGUGUCGAAGAAGAUAAGUCUGGGAGUGGAAGCGAGGAAGAGGCCAAAGGUAAAAAAGAGUCUAAUUUCGGAAGUAGAAAGUUUGAAGAGAAUGGAAAGGACUCGGAUCCUCAGCGAUCGAUAGCUAAGAGUGACUCUCAUGACAAGUGCAUUGAUUGCGGUGAGCAUGAAACUCUACCCAAUAAGUUUCGACCUGAAAAGGCAAGUAAUUCCGAUAUGUGCCACACAUGUACGAAGCUUCAAGGCUCAGGAAAUAUGGAUAAGAAGAAGUUCCACGACGAGCAAGAAACACAGAUCACCAAUAGACACAGACUAGGGUGGGACGCAAAAACUGGAGGUGGAGGUGCAGAGGAAGGUCAGAUUACGGUGAAACACCAACCGAUGGUGGAGUGGGUGUGGAAUUAUUUUAUGUCCCAUACGAGAAAUUCCAAGGUCUCCAAACAAUUGAAACUGAGCGAAAGGUCCCCCCUCUACUUCCAGCACCGUGGCCACUCUCAGACAAUUGUUGGCGUGGAGUGCCGAAAAGUUUCCUCUUCUCCCGACUCCGAGGAGGUAAACCUACUCGUCGUGGACCCCUCCGAGAGUGCUGAACAAGUUAUAGAGAGUCUCCGAGAAGGUAAAGGCUGGGAGAAAUAUGUCAAGCGAGGCCUUCAGACUUUGAAACAAAAAGAGUAUCAACUCUGCUAUGUUGAGCGCGGCAUCGCCAAGGGCAGCGAGCUAGACAACCUCAAGUUUCUGACCAGCAAGAGCUAUACCUACUGAUAACCCUUGAAAAUAUGGUGUUGAAUUUGAUGUAGCAAUGCUGGCCUCACUUCUAGUAUCCUGGUGCCAACAGCUCCCAUGCGUCUCCUGGCAAAUCCGUCGUACGUUUCAUAUAUCAAGCUGUCUCACAGGUCUCUGGAUUAUUAACGUCAAGAUUUCACGAGUGCCAAGCGGGGGGUAGACAAUAUGUAUCAUGGUACAUCGCAACUCGCCCUCUUAUUGAGAAGUACUCACCGAUCCCCUCGCUGGUAUGUAACAUCAAUUAGAGCCACUUCCAUCAGGGUCAACUACUAGUGACGGGCAUCGUAGAUCUAAUAGUCAAGCUGUAGCCACUUUGUUAUUGCACUCCAUAGAACUAAGUCAACCAUCAUAUUUCGGAAAAUAUCAAUUGCAUUUCUGUUUCCCCUUCUCCGUCUCCUCCCUUUUCGAGAAAGGAUAGAUCCGUGCGUCUGGUCGGCGUAGAGAUCGGUUCCUCAUCUCACCGCCAUUCAGACUAGAAGCCAACGCAACUUCAAAAAGAUGACCCGAGGGAAAACUAUCGUAGCAGUGUAACAUCGCGGACCCGACUACCUGUAACUCCCAACGCACAACACUUGCUAGGGAAUGUACCUGAGUUCAAAUCACGACGACACAUCAGCUCACAACGAAACCAGUCUCUUAUCCACUCCUAUACCAGUCGGUUCAUGACCAGCUGCCAUUCUUCCCCAAUACAAACAACGUCUCACCAUGUCCUGCACUCGGGACGUUUGGACGUUGUAUAGAGAACAGAUUCACCUGGGAUUUUCACGAUGUCAGACGGUUCCUACUCAAGUAGAACGCCCGAAUACCUAUGCAUAUCGGCUUCGAAGGAAGCACUCAGCACCCACAACAGGAAGAUCUCCUUCAGGUGAUCGCGCUGCCUGCCUCACGAGCUCAGCCCACUUGCUUUUGCACCAGGUGAACCGCAUUCCCCUGCCAUGGCUGCAAUCGCUGCCACCCAGUUCCAACCCCGAAGAUUCACGUGAUGGAUUUGAGGUAAUGGUCGGCCUGCAGGGUCGUGUUUCAGUGAAAGGCUGAUCGAGAUAUGCUCCGAUUUGCGUCGAUUUGCUUCUGCCCACUUCCGUGUCGACGUUGAGGUUCCGUCAUGGGAUGGAUGAACGAACGAAAUGACAGGAUUCUUCGCCAAGGCGGCGAUUCGGCUCUGCGAUCGUCCUCUUCAUGGUGUAGAAAAUCGGUUAACUGAUGAAGGCGUCGAUAGUCUCCCCUUUUAUUUUUGUAAAAUGAUUACAGAAGUUUGGAAACUGGGAUGGUGCUAGAUUUGCAUCUUUAGAGAAGUUUGUGUUGGUAUUGUAGUGGAUUGUAUCCAAAAACAAAGAUUUAAUGAGGAAUUUUCAGUUUUUGAAGAUGCUUA